AUGGCUCCUUUCAGGGUUUUCGAGGGCAAACUUGCCAUUAUCACCGGUGCUUCGCGAAGCUUCGGUGCCGUUGUUGCCGAGCAUUUCGCAAGCAGAGGCGCCAACGUUGUUAUCAAUUAUGCCACGGAUGCUUCAACGGAGACGGCACAGGCGCUCGCCAAGGACUUCGAGACCAAGUACAACGUCAAGGCUCUCCCCGUCAAGGCCGACCUGAGCAAGUCCGACGCUCCUCAGCAGGUCGUUGAUGCUGCGAAGGCUCAUUUCACCGACGCAAAUGGACGCUUCCAGAUUGACAUCAUCAUCAACAACGCCGCUACCGUGAACGCUCAGGGGAUUGAUCAGCUGGAUCUUGAUCUCUUCGAUGCCACCUUCAACCUGAACUGCAAGGCGCCCGCUCUGCUUGUGAAGGCUGCCUUCCCCUACCUGCCCACUGACCGUUCUGGUCGGAUCGUCAACAUUUCCAGCGCUACCACUACUUGGGGUGUCUGGUGGCAGACAUCUUAUGCCGGUACCAAGGGUGCAAUCGAGGCCAUGACUCGUGUCUGGGCUCGUGAGCUUGCUGAGAGAGCCACGGUCAAUGCCGUAGCUCCCGGCCCUAUGGAUACAGGGCUGUACUCUAGUCUGCCUGAUGAGCCCCGGGAGGCUCUGCGGCCAUUUAACAUCCUUACACCACUUGCUAAGGCUAGGCCUGAUGUUGACAGCCAAGAGGUUCUAGAUUUGGCCCAGAGCAUUGGUGGACGCCCCGGGUACCUGGAAGAGGUUGCCGGUGUUGUAGGAGUUUGCUGCCUGCCGGAGAGCGGAUGGAUGACGGGCAACCUUGUUGGUGCUAGCGGAGGUGGUGCUUUCGUUCGAUAA